AUGUUUGACGAUGAGUUCCAGGGUGGCGAUGCCGGGGCCUCCCAUACAAUUCCGGUCCAAGCUGGAGCAAUUAAAAAGAAUUCCUUUGUCAUGUUAAAAGGCCAUCCAUGCAAAGUAGUAGAAUAUUCUACUUCAAAAACUGGGAAACAUGGACAUGCCAAGGCAAACAUUACAGGAAUUGAUAUUUUCACGGGUAAAAAAUACGAAGAUAUCUGUCCCACAUCACACAAUAUGGAUGUGCCAAAUGUAAAACGUACUGAAUUGCAGCUCAUUGGAGUUGAUGAUGGAUAUAGUACGUUGCUAUUACCUGAUGGCAGUAUUAAAAAUGACCUAAAAUUGCCAACCGACACUGAGGGCAAUCCAGAUGAUGUUGCCAAGCAGAUCCAGCAGAUGUUUGAUGAUCACAAGGAAAUUCUGGUCACGGUUUUGUCUGCUUGUGGACAGGAAAAGAUUAUAGCUUGCAAAGAGAUGGCAUAA